UAGGGAUAUGUGAGGUAUGUGUAGACAGGAACCAUCUUGCCGGCUUGGUCGGUCAGCUGUUCACUGUUGUGGUAGGAUGGCGGGCCGAGCUGGAGCUCUAAUUCUCUCUCAACUAUCACGAGCUGCUCGACCACACGGACGAGCUGUGAGCACAUCAGCAGCAAGAUGGGUGGAUGACCUGAACGUGAAGCAGGUGGAACCUCUGGACACCCGUAAGACGCUCCUCAGCCAUGAGGAGGUCCAGCACCAGAAGGCUCUUGCUGGCUACAUCACCAUUGAUACUCCAGUUGAUAUUACAGCAAUCUCUGGUGUACCAGAAGAGCACAUAAAAACUCGGCACGUGUUGAUCAAGAUGCCUUCCAAGAAUAGCAUGCAAUCUGGCACCAAUAACCUAAAAAAGUGGUGUAUUACAUUUGAUCAACGUGAGCGUUGGGAAAACCCCCUUAUGGGAUGGGCCUCAUCAGCAGACCCACUGUCCAAUGUUCAGGUUGACUUUUCAUCUCGGGAGGAUGCCAUUGCAUUUUGUGAAAAGAAUGGCUGGGCAUGGUCAACUGAAGAGGCCCCUGUCAAACCUCCACGUGUCAAAAACUAUGGCGCCAAUUUUUCUUGGAACAAAAGAACCCGACGUUCUACAAAAUAGUUUAUAUUGCACACAUUUGUUUAAUCUACAAAUAAUUGAUCUGCCCCAUGUGUGCAAGGAAAACCUCUUUGUUGAUAAAUUCUUUCAAAUAACAUUAUGUAGUAUAAAUGAUUUCUACUUGGUCAAAUACAUUUCAGGUGAAGGGGGCUUGCACAGUAUUAGUGAAAUAACUGAUGAUAUUGAAACUUAAAAAAAAACGAUUCAUUAUGUCAUUCCAGUAUAAACACUUAUUUCAGAUUUUAUGAAUCAAACUGUGAUGAUUAGGAUAUCAAAGAAUGAAGUAAUGCCCAAGAAGUCAUUGGAGCUUCUCUCAAAUAUUUAUAAUAGAGUAAAUGGUUUUUCAGUUAUGUGGAGACAAGGUAACAAGAAAUAAGUAAAAGCAAAUUUGACUUGGCUUAUCAACUGUAUAUAUGCUUGAAAUAAAUUAUUAAUUAGAA